CACGCGCCACUGGCGAAGAGAAGAAGAAGCCGGACAAGCCACCGCGUUUCGAAGGCCGUUCGCUGCAAAGUCUUUCCCGAGAUCUACAUCUACAUCUACGUCUUCCCUGAGCGGAAGCCGUCUCGAGCUCCCUGGCAUGUGCCUCAUCUCUUCGAGGGAGGCCAUCGGAAUCGUUGUCGUAUGCCUGUUCAUCAACGCCUUCAACGUGGCCUACGUGCUGAAGCCCGAGAUAAGGCGACAUCUCAAUAAGCAGUCCUGGUUCGCCUAUGUUCCGGACGUACACGACGUGAGCAAGUUUGUGGGUGCUGAAACGUCGAACUACAUCGCGCUAGGCCUGGCCGGAAUAAGCAUCAUCUUUGACGCGUUCAUUCUUGUCGGAACCGUCCAAGGCAUUCCCGAACUACUGGAUUCCGGAUGCAUAUGGCAUUACGUCGACCUAGGGGCUGAUUUCAUCGUGGGCCUGGCGUCGGCCAAUUACACGAGACCCCGGGUCAUCCAGCAAAAAACCGAGGUCAUCAAGCAGGCGCCCCUGCACAGAUCGGGCUGCGCGGGGGCGAUUCCGUGUGCUCCGACCGCGGCUCCGACUACCGCUGCACCCAACGCAACGGACAAUGCGCCGGACGACGGGGCAGGACCGCACGGCGCUAACGACAGCAGCCGCCGCCGGAUGCUCACAUCGCCGUCGACGGAGAAGGACGACGACCAGGGACCACUUGGAAAUGAGCGCUCUGUUCACAUCGACUCAGACAUGCGCCUGUUGCAAGCUCAAGGGCCGGAAAUUGCGUAUGAAACAAGGGAGGAAACCACCACCAGCGUUCUCCUGGAACCUGCCACGGUGCGGCAGUUUCUCCACUUCUCGUACGUCAUAAUGCGAGCCGCUGUUAAGUUUCAAAAGCUGGGAAUGCUUGCCAGCUUGAGCCGCGUGAUGAAAAACUAGCAGCCCGCAGAUGUGAAGCGGGGACAUUUAGGAUGUUUCGCUCGAGCUGCCUGGUCUAUUUACUGAUGCGACCACAGCUCGUGUUUACAUGUACGCUAGUAAA